CGUACAGGAACGCGCUCCCAGAAGGCGCAUCAGCCGCUCUCCUCUUGUCAUUUCUGCUCAUACGACUCACAUGCCCGUGAACUCCACUGGGCUCAGUGCGCGCAUCUCUGCUCCAACUUCAAACCGGUCCCGUCAGCUUACUGAAAAGCAGUCGGCUUUCACGAUGGAUGCUUCUGUUUAUGAUAUCAUACUGGGGGAGCUCGAGGAGCUGAACUGUAGUUUGAUAGAGCAUUUUCAAGACACUUUUUAUGAAAACGCUUCAUUGGCUCUGCUGAGCGCUGAUGGUUUAUAUUGCAAUGUCACUACUGAUGAGAUUGGAACCUGCUGGCCGCGGAGUAGCACUGGCAGGAUUGUGGAGAGACCGUGCCCUGCUUACAUCAACGGAGUAAAGUACAACACAACGAGAAGUGCUUACAGAGAAUGCCUGGAUAAUGGUACAUGGGCAUUGAAGAUCAAUUAUUCCAACUGUGAGCCCAUUUUGGAGGAGAAGAGAAAAUAUCCCAUGCAUUACAAGAUAGCUCUGAUCAUCAACUACCUAGGCCACUGUAUUUCUGUGGGAGCUCUAAUCGUGGCCUUUAUUCUCUUCUUAUGCUUAAGGAGCAUACGGUGUCUUCGAAACAUUAUCCACUGGAAUUUGAUCACCACCUUCAUAUUGAGGAAUGUUAUGUGGUUCUUGCUUCAGUUGAUUGACCACAAUAUCCAUGACAAAAAUGAGCCUUGGUGUCGAUUAAGUACGACAAUAUACAACUAUUUUGUUGUGACCAACUUCUUCUGGAUGUUUGUUGAAGGAUGCUAUCUUCACACUGCUAUUGUUAUGACCUAUUCUACUGAUAAACUGAGAAAGUGGGUUUUUCUUUUCAUUGGUUGGUGCAUUCCGUGUCCAAUAAUUGUGGCGUGGGCUAUCGGAAAAUUGUAUUAUGAAAAUGAAAAAUGCUGGUUUGGUAAAGAGCCUGGGAAAUAUAUGGACUACAUUUAUCAGGGACCAAUUAUUCUUGUGCUUCUGAUAAACUUUGUUUUCCUCUUCAACAUAGUACGGAUUCUCAUGACCAAACUGAGAGCUUCAACCACAUCAGAAACAAUUCAGUACAGAAAAGCUGUGAAAGCUACACUCGUCUUGUUACCUCUGCUGGGGAUCACCUACAUGCUGUUUUUUGUCAAUCCGGGGGAGGAUGACAUCUCUCAAAUUGUUUUCAUCUAUUUUAACUCCUUUUUACAGGCUUUCCAGGGAUUCUUUGUGUCAGUCUUUUACUGCUUUCUAAAUGGAGAGGUCCGUUCUGCAGUGAGGAAACGGUGGCACCGUUGGCAGGAUAACCAUGCUCUUCGAGUGCGAGUGGCAAGAGCCAUGUCCAUCCCCACAUCGCCGACCAGGAUUAGCUUUCACAGCAUCAAACAGACCACAGCUUUGUGAGCGUGGGAAUAAACUUUAUCCCUUCUGACAUGCUCAUCCACAGAACACAGAACAGCCUUCAUGAUUUUGGUCCAGCAUUCCAAAUUAGGCUAAGUACUUCACAGUAAACUGCUUAGUGUUGUGUGUCUAAGUCAACAAGACACUCCUUUUUACUGCUGAGGUUUCAAAUGCUCAUAAAUUAGUUUGUUAGAAGAUGCAUUGUUUUAUGGAAAUGUACAGUGUGUAAAGUACAGGAUUUGACAUUCUUUGAAGAGUGUUUUGCAGCAAAGACAAGUCACCAUUCACCAACAAAGUAGGUCUUGCUAUGCUUUUUAUUUCUGUCAAAUAGCUGCUUAGUGGUUAUUUAUGGGAGGACAAGAAUUUAGCAGAAUCUGCAACUCAUACACUCAUAGACAGGACACUCUCAUUAUGCUGAAAGAGUGCAAUCAAUAAAACUUGAACUGUAAUUGACCACAAUGCAGCCACUUGUCUGCCAAAACAACCAUUUGUCUUAAAUAUGAUCAGAAACCUAACUUAAAAAAA